AUGGGGGUAAAAACAUAUAGUGAAAAUAUUUCAAGCAAUGAUUACGUAUUUAAUAGAAAGGCUGGUAGAAGUAUAAUAGAACGUCGCCCUGUAUUAUCACCAGACGGCGAAUCUGUUGUGCUAAUUGUAGAAAAUAUAGUAAGAGUAUACAAUAUACAAACCGGAGACUGUUCUCGGACACUUGAAACGGAAACAUCAAUUCAAGCACUAGUAGCUGUAGAAUUCCCUAAAAAUGAAGAAUAUAAUUUGUACGGAUGUUCUGACACAGGUUGUGUUACAAUUUGGACAUUUGAGAAAGGUGCUGUGCUCAGGGAGAUUAAUCUUCAAAUCCCUAAAAACAUGAAAGUGCUGACAUUUGACUUAAUUGACAGUAAGGAAUGUUUCAUAACGGCUGUAGCACCUUCUAGUAAAUACAUUUACCUUGCUACAUAUUCCAUAGAAACUGGUGUCAUACUUUAUGAAUACACAGACACAAGACCAUUUUAUUAUGAUAUACUAAGAGUGGCAAUUGGGUGGUGCAAUGGUGAUAGAUUCGCAGCAAUAUCAAAUGGAACAAAGUUGCUUUUUAUACAGAAUUUGUUUCAGCCCCAUUUGAGAACUGAAAUCAUAAAUCAUAACAAAUUUAGAAUAAUAUCAGUCGCUGCCCAUCAUGAAGACAAUGCUGUUGCUGUAACAGAUGCAUUUGGACGAAUAACAGUAAUCCGAGGAAAUUUAUUUGACUAUAGACAAGUGGCCAGGGAAGUUCUGCAUUGGCAUUUUUUACCACCACUUGCUGUAUGUUUUUCAGUGCAAGGAAAUUAUCUGUUAUCAGGUGGAAUGGAAAAAGUCUUAGUAAAAUGGACUUUAGGUAAUUUGGCUAAUAAAGCAAAUGAGAGAAUUUUUAUGCCCCGACUACCUGGCAUGAUCAGAUUCAUUACAGCUAGCAGCUCGCAUAUUGCAGUUACUCUCACAAACAAUUCGGUUGUGGUGGCGAAUGCUCAGUUACGGGUGGUAUCAACGCUGCUAGAGUGCGGAGGUCUAUCUCCAGUUGCACGAGCUGUAAAUACUGCGCUUGUUUAUCACCGGCCACUCGAUGCCUUGCUGAUGGGUGGAAGAACUGGACAUCUGCAAUUAUACUCUACUACUUCUAAUAAAGUGCUUUAUAAUAUCGACAUAACAGACAUGAACAGCAUACCGGCAGAGAGACAAAAUUUACUACCACUGGAGACAGAAAUAACAUGUGCUACCGUCAGUGGCAAUGGGUCAUGGCUCGUAACUUCUGAAUACAGGAACGACGGUGUCAACUACCCAGAAGAAAAACUUAAAUUCUGGUCCGCACAGUUAAAGAAUACGUCGCCCUUCAAACUAAAUACGUGCGUCAACCUUUCACACGGCGGAUGCAAUAUUGUGUGUUUAGCCAUCAAUUUCAGAGGCGAAUUUUGCGUAUCAGCUGGCAAGGAUCAAAAAAUUCGAAUAUGGAGACGAGAGAACACUUUAGAACAACAUCGAAAGAAAGUCGUUUGGAGUUGUAUCACUGCCUGUUACUACUCAUCGGGGACUGCACAUUUUCUAUCGCACGGUAUACUGAAUAAUUUCAAAAUAGGCGAGAAGAUGAAUAAGGGCAGGAUGGAAAGUAUGCCUUAUUUGAAAGAAAUUGAAAAGGAAAACGAUGUAAUCGCAAAGAUAUUCAAUAUACACAAAGAAAAUUUUGUAGACGAUAACGUAUUGAGCCAAGGCAUGAAUAAGGAUAAGGAGUUUGAUAUGGGAGGAGUGGCCAUUUCUCAAGAUGGAUCGUUGAUCGCCGCAUGGUUCGGCUGCAAGUUAACGCUGUGGGACACGCAUUUGUGCAAUCUGAGAACGUCUCUGUCCCAUCCCGCUUUACGGCCUAAAGGCGAACACGUUCAAUUUGGAAGCAAUGACGCCGCACAUUACCUUGUGUGCACGACGGAAAAAUGUCUAGCCGUCUGGAGCUUGCUGUCUUUAACAGUAAAAUGGUAUGUUCAAUUAAAAACGACAUGUCUGGCUGCUGACCCCGCGACAAACAAGAUGGCUGUUAUAUCUGAGAAUAAUGAUGUGUAUGUCUUCACUCCUCACAGUUCCGCUCCAUUAAUGGUUCAUAAAUGCCUAUUGAAUCCUCGAACUGGUGUCUUCAAGCAGUGCACUUUUGGAGCCUCUACGAAAGAGGAUGUACGACUUUAUAUGAUGAGAAAUGAUUCCGAGAUCUACUGCUUGGAGCCGGCGCAGUCGGACGAAGGAAAGCUUGAGGCGAUAUCGCAUCGCAAUCUGCCGGCUUCUAAGUUCGGCGCGCUGCUCGCCGAACAACGCGUGUCUGAAGUGCGCGCCGCGCAACCCGGGCAGCUACAGUUCGCCGAUGUGAACGCUCUCGGCAGGAAUGUCAUCGCGCACUUCAUGUCGGCUGCACCGCAUAUGAUGCCACCGAUGAGUUUACUCUGUACCUCCAUACUGGAAUACAUUUUGGGACAAAAGGAAAUUGAAGAGAUUGAAGAGGAUGACAAACAAAAUGAAGUAGAAACUCCAUCGAGUGAUGAUGAAGACAUACAUAUGUUAGAAGUCGACAACGCUUCCACACCAAAUAUAUCGACGGAACUUUGGACUCCAAACUACAAUCAAGUGAAGGAAAAAAGAUUAAAUAAAAUAUUAAAAGAGCCUUUCCUCGACUUGCAUGCAACUUCAACGGUGUUUGAUUGA